UCUGCUAUGGAUGUUGUUGUUGUUACCCAUGUGGACUCAGGGAGUCAGCGCUGCACUUUUCCCCGUAGAAAGGAGCCACUCUUACGCUUGUGUCGAGCGUUAGGUGCGGGUGUCAGUGGCAGCUGCCAGGGCGCUGUGUUGCGUGUGCCCGCAUGUUCCCUGUUGUUAGAGGCUGCUGUACAGGAUGGCGUGUCUCUGUAGCUGUGUCAGCAGCAUCCAGUUUCCAUUAUACAUCACCCGUGGAUUAGUUACUCUACUCUCUUCUAUGGGGUUGUCAGUGUGAUAAGUCACUACCUGAUUCCUGAGGACGCAGCUACAUUACGUGACCUUCCAGCUUCUGUUCUCAAGAUGGGAAUUCAAGGAUUAAUGAGCUUUGUGGGCGAUAAUGGUAAUUUCUUCCAUGAUUUGCCGAUGAAAAACACAAAAAUAAUAAUUGACGGUAACAAUCUGUAUCACAAAUUGUACUUCGACUCUGGCUUGGAUCUUUUACACGGUGGGGACUAUGACGCAUUCACUGAUAUCUUGAAUAAAUUCUUUGAAAGCUUGUCCAAGUGCCAUAUACAAGCCUAUGUUGUGCUUGAUGGUGGCUGUGACAUGUCGGAUAAAAAAAUAGAAACCCAAAAGCAACGCUUUAGGGAAAAAAUCAAAGCAGUGGAAAGCCUUUGGAAUGGAAGAGGUGGUAGUGUGCUUCCUCUCCUGGUUAGAGACGUCUACAUCCAGGUCUUGCGAAAGCUGCAGGUGCCCUUUGUUCAGUGUUUUUCAGAGGCUGAUCGAGAAAUAGUGGCAUUAGCCAAUCUGUGGAAUUGCCCAGUACUUACCUUUGACAGCGAUUUCUGUAUCUUUGAUGUGAAGGCUGGUUAUUGUCCUCAGAAUUCCUUUCAGUGGAAAAAUAUUGUCACUAGUGGAAACGAAGAGUGUUAUAUCCCAGCUCGGAGUUUUUCGGUUCAGAGAUUUUGUAAAUUUUUCAAUAACUUGAAUAUAUCCUUGCUGCCUCUCUUUGCCGUUCUGACGGGAAAUGACUACAUCAGUCUGCCAGCACUGGAGACCUUCUUCAGUAAUGUACACUUGCCAGUAGGAAACAGUGGGCACAGUGGACGGAAACACACACGAAUUCGUGGACUAUUGAAUUGGUUGUCUAGAUUUGAAUCUGUGGAAGAAGCAAUGGACAUUGUGAUGAAACAUCUUCGGCUAAAGGACCGUGACUCUGUCAGACAGCUCCUGUACUCGGCUAUGGAAGAGUACAACCUUCAGGACAUUGAGAACCUCGAGCAGUAUUUUCAGACGGGUAAAUAUGUCUCUCCAACAGCAGCUGAGCUGAACCUGCCAGAUUGGGUGCAGCAUGCUUUAGCGAGAGGGGAGCUGUCUCCGUUUCUAAGUGAUGCCCUGGUGUUGAGGAGAGUGUUUCUUCAUGUUCAAGUUGAAGACUUAAAGAGGCCAUCUGCUCAUUUCAUUACACAGCCUAUUCGCAAAGUGAUCUAUGCAAUGCUUUUCCACAUAUACCAAAAUUCACAACAGGGACCUGAAGGAAAAAAGCCAAAUCAACUCUUUGUUGUAGAAUUUGACAGAUUGGAAACUACUCUGCGAAAAUCGACAGUUGAGAUACAUUUUGCCAAUGGAGAUUUCCCGGAUGAUCUCUCGCUCCAGAAGCUUCCAGAGCUUCCUUCGGUAAAAUGUUUAAAUCUGCUCUUACGGGCCCUUCACUUGAGAAUGGAUGACCUGGCAUCUGUGCCUCCUGAAUACCAGCUUAUAGUGGCUAUAGUCCAUUACUGGAUCAGACAUGCAGACCCCAAAGUGAAACAACAUCAUUUAAAAGCCCUGUUAAUGGGAAUUGUUUAUGGAGAAACAUACAAUAUUUUAAAUAAACCAGAGCUGCAGGGAGAUGGCAUCAAGUUAGUGUGUGAGCAGGUGCGCAGGAUAAAGAUGGAAGGUGCACAGCAGAGAAGACAGAACUGGGAAGAUCUGCACAUACUGUGCCAAUGGCAGUGCUGUCUACAGAUGGUCAUGCACUUCAAUCAGUUUCUCUCUACGCCGUUGCCAGAGCCUGAUAUUACCAGACUUUACAGUGGCUCACUUGUAUACUAUCUGACUCAGAAGAUAAAGUCUUCACCUACCACGGAAGACUUAUUUAAGCCAUGUCCACCUCUGGAAAAGCUGUACCAGGAUUGUAUUGGUGCUGUAAUGUCCAUCAUCCCUCAGGACUGCGUCCAGAGUACUAAGUCAGCAGCAAACAAAUCCAGGAAAAGAGCAAAAACAAGGAAGAAAGUGACUGGUCCUAAAGCAAGCACCAUGGAGUAUCCGUUACAGUGCGACGUUAGCAACAGAUUUGCUGGCCUGUUACUAGAAGACUGAUUGCACAGUUAUUAUGGACAAUGUACAUGCUGCUGCAACAAUGAUGGUUUUUCUUAAGAGUACUGAACACAAUAUAGCUUAAUCUGCAUGUAAUUUAAGAAUUUUCAUUUAAAAAAAAAAAAAAAUCACAAAAGAUGGGCAUUAUUAAAUAAAGAUGCUAAAUAUGGCUACUUCAUCUUACAGACAUAGUGAGAUAUCCCCACCAGCUGGUGUUUUUUGUCAUUAAUGAGUGGAAGAACAACCGUCAUUCCAGGAAUGUACCUCACCCUGGAAGACCCCUGAAACUGUAACCCAGGAAGCUGCCAAAGAACAGGGGUCUUCCCAUGCAUACCACUGCACACGAGUUCCAAAUGGGCAAUAAUGUGCCCGGUUUAUCGGAAGCAGCCUUCUAACCACCAGCAUGUUGCCAAAUGAAAAUUCUGUGGUGUUCAUUUUAAGUAGAUGGAGAUCCCCAGACAGAUGUGGUAGAACCAUGGCAUCAUUGAAUAACAUGCGAACCAAUCACAUGAUAUUUACAGUAUAUACAGUCUUGGGUUGACCAGGUAGACCCUGCUGCUUCCAAGGCCCAAGGUCAAUUGUGAUUUAACUUGUGAUGUCUAUCUUUUAAAAAAACUUGUAAACUGCAGAAAAAGCUUUUUCUUCUUGCCUUGCCAUGCACCUGUUCUGCAGAUGUUUUCUAGCAAAUAAUGCUAUGAUCCCAUGCCAAGAGUGGCUGCCACACGUGGAUGAAUAAAGUUAUUACGUGGUAUAUGUGGGCUACCACAAUACAUCUGCUUUUGCACACAUGGAAGGACACGUAAGACCUUUCAUAUGGCUGGAGUGUCAGAAAACUCCAGGACUUGGGGCUGUGGCAGGUACUUCUGAUCCUGAUUAGGCGGUGGCUUUGCCUUUGUCGGGCUCUGAUAGUUCGGCGUCAUUCGGUGCGUCAGGGUCAGUUAAGUGUAGAUCGCAUUGUUCAAGUGGCUAUAAGGGCAAGCAUCAGCAUAGACACGACUGCAGUUCACUUCUUCCUCGUCAUCUUCAGAUUGUGAGGAUGGUAAGUCCCCACAGUAUGCAGGGCAAGCAUUGUUCUAUUUCGGUUUGCUUUUUCCAUGGUAUUUCAUGGGGCUUUUCGUGUGGGUGAGUUAGUUGCCACUUCACGGAGGGUUCAGGCCCUGUCAUUACUCAAGCAUGUUGUGAUGACAUGGUACUCUAUUGAGUGCAGUGUUCUAAGACACCAGCUUGGGAGGGGGUCGCUGGAUUUCAUUGUUUCGGUGACCAGGUACCAGUUGGGAUGGGACUUAAUGCGCUGCAUUCUAGCCCUCGGGCUUUAUCUGGGAGAUUUUGGGAUGCAUUCCUUUCGGUUUGGUGUGGCGGCGGCGAUGACUGGUUGAUUGCAGAGAUUCGAGCAUUUUGCAGAUGGAAGUCAUAUCAUAGAUACAUUAGGUUUUGUUCUGUAUAUUUACUCCUGACGUAAGGACCAGCUACUCGCCAUCUUUGAUGGCGGUCUUGAGGAAUUUUUAUUUCUGCCAGUGUCUUAAACUUGGGGUUUUAUACCCGCCUGGUAGGUUUGUUGUUUUGUCUCUUGGCAAGUCAGAAUAAUUUCCCCUGCCCAUUGUACCCCGAUGUUAUACACUGUUCCCACCUUUUUUGUUUAAUUUGGUUAUUUAAUUUUCUUUCUUAUUUCAUUUACUCUGUAUUUUUUGGUACAAUUUGGUGAUGUUGCUUGUUCUGGUUCAUUUAUCAUUUAUAUUUCUUUACUGAAUUUUUCUUUUGUUUCUUUGUUGUUGUUUUUUUCCUGUUUAGGACGCCCAUCUGGGUUAUUGGGCACUCAUUUUUCUGGGUGGCCUGGAAUCCAGUAGCAGUCAGUUUCAAGCUAUACCUCAAACUGCAGCUUGUUCGAUGGAUUGGGCGACAAUGGCUAAGUUCGGCCGAAUGUCCCCCUUUCGAGUGGUUUGAGUAAUUGGGGCUGAAUCUUGUGUCCAUAGGCUGUUAGCUUUUAGUCUUAUUUUACUUAGUUUUUGUUUCAUUUAUUUUGUUUAGAUUUUGUUAAUUUGUACUCGCUUCCCUCUUUAAAUAGGCUGUCCCUUUGCCACCAUAGCCCUGAUUUUAAUUAGAAAAAUAAUAGCUGACUGAUUUUCAAUUUGACAAUUCUGUUGUCCGUGUAUUUUAUUUCUCUAGAGUGUGAUUGUGUGCGAAUGCGAGCAGACCUAGGAUGAUAGAGGGUUAAUGAAUAUUUAUCUAGGAAUUUGCAGAUCUUGUUCUUUACUCACACCCCAAAUAACAUUUCUCUGACGUCCUAGUGGAUGCUGGGACUUCCGUAAGGACCAUGGGGAAUAGCGGCUCCGCAGGAGA